ACCACAUGCCUUGGCGCACAUACCCGAGCAUCCCCUUCGAAUACACGCGACCGUCGAGGGACUGCCAAAGACGCGAUCAGGAAGGUCACUGGUCUGGGAAACUGGAAGUUGCUGUGGUCUUCGGUGGCCCGCUGCUGGUGACAGCAUAACACAGGGUGACACACUCUAUGAACGGAGGGAACGGAGGACAUUGGAGGUUGCCCUGAGCACAUAAACACAGACACGCGCACUGAUUAUCCCGCCAUGGAGAACCCCAGUAACACGCUGCUUGGUAAGGUGGCCGCGGUGGUCGUGAUUAGCAUCACGGCCGCCCUCGUGAUGCAUGUCCAAGAUCCAUCUGACACUAUCCUCGGAGUCAGCUACCCUGAAUUGUGGCGGAGGACAGGACUAGCGGGCGCGCCAGCAAGAGCCGCAACGUGCAUCCUGGCAGGAGUCUUACUCCUCACAUUGGGAUGGCUGUACAGGCUACUAUUCGCUCCUCUGGAGCUCCUGCGAACCCCCGAUGAGGUGGGCUAUAUCGCUGAGGACGGGCGCUCCCGUGCUCAAGCCGCUAAUGAGGUGAGACGGCGGCGAAAGACCGGAGAGCUGCCACCCGUUUAUCCAAACGGAUGGUACAGAGUGCUGGAUUCUCACAUGCUAGAGAGAGGGGAUGUCAAAAACGUGACUGUGCUCGGAGAGCAGGUUGCUGUGUUCCGGGGUCUAGAUGGGAAGGCGUAUGUGGUGGACGCCUACUGCCCGCACCUGGGUGCCAACUUGGCAGUGGGAGGGCGUGUGGUGGGCGGAUGCAUCGAGUGCCCCUUCCAUGGGUGGCAGUUUCGGGGUGAGGAUGGGAAGUGUGUGAGGAUCCCGUACGCUGAGAAAGUGCCAGAGUUUGCUAAGGUGCGCUGCUGGCCCAGCUGUGAGAUUAAUGGGCAGAUCCUGGUGUGGUUCCACUGUGAUGGGGAUGAGCCUGGCUGGAGAGUGCCGGAACAGAGGGAGAUCACGGGCGAAUGGGUCUACCGCGGACGCACCGAGCACUUCAUCAACGCACACAUAGAGGAGAUCCCAGAGAACGCUGCGGACAUCGCCCACCUGGCACACCUGCACACGCCUGGCAUUGUGAGCGGGGUGGACCUGCGCUACACCAAUAGCAAGACCUGGGAGUUUGUACGACAUGACUGGAAGGUGGAGUGGAAGCCCGAGCCGGAGCCCAACAAGCACUGCUCCCAGAUGCUGGUGAAGCAUGCACUGACCGUGUUCGGCCGCCGCUGGCCCCUGCUCGACCUGGAUGUGGUGGCGAGACAGGUGGGCCCAGGCAUUGUGUUCCUGCUCUUUGACCACAGUUUCCUGGGCCACGGGGUCAUCAUGCACUGCGUGACCCCCGUGGAGCCGCUCCUCCAGUGUGUGUCCCACACCAUCUUCUACCAGAGCAGCAUCCCCCCUCUGGUCCCCAAAUUCAUCCUACGAGCUGAGUGCAUACAGUUUGAACGAGACGUGAUGAUCUGGAACAAUAAGACGUACAUCUCCAAGCCCAUGCUGGUGAAGGAGGACUCAGCCAUUCAGAAGCACCGUCGCUGGUUCAGUCAGUUCUACAGUGACAACAGCCCCCGACUACGCUACCAGCACGACACAAUGGACUUCUGAACAUGCUCUGGAGGUGUGUGAUGGAGCCUUCCAGUGGACUCUGCAUCCCACUGGAUCCAGAUGCUGUUUGGAUGCAUUUUUAAAAAAAAAAAAAAGACUUUUGAUGACUGAGGGUGAACAAAAAUUACUUGUGAAGAGGACGAUCAGAUAUCUCUAAGGGUAGAUGAGGUAGGAAAGGGUGUUCACUAGGAGUGUAACAAUGUGCCAAUGACAAAAUGCUCAAAUUAGGUGAUCUAAAAUGAAUUAUACAAUUGAGUUUCCCAUCUUAAACAUAAGAAUGUAACCAAAAAAUUUAAUUUUAGAAUGUUGCAUACCAGAGUAAAAGCACCCAGUUGUGAUUGCAUACUGCAUUGAAUUGCAAAAUCAUGAAGUUGUGCAAUUAUUAUAUUUCAAACCGUUGCACUCCUAGUAUCAGGCAUCUCCCAUAUUUGAUACCAAGUGCAAGCUUUCCUCAUGGUGGGGAUUAGGAGAGGGGGUUAAGGAUACUUUGAGAACCUAAUAGUCCUUGUUAAAGUGCCUGAGAGGCCUAAGAAUCCGUGGACUGCGAUAGCAUCUUGGCCUGUUUAAUACAAGGACGCAUCAAAGUCAGGCUCCCUUCAAGCACCAUGCUACAUGUUCAAUCUCGAAAGCCAUCCCAAAGAAACAGAUGUCAUGAAUCUGCCUGAGAAAAUCGAACAGCUUCAAAGCCAGCAGAAGAUAUCCGAAUGCCAAGAUUACCUCAACCUUCUUGCAAGCCUGAAGGACUCAUUGCACAAAACUGACACUGACCUCACAAGCUGUUUCAGCAAAAAGUGUGUGUGUGUGAGAGAGAGAGAGAGAGAGAGAGAGAGAGAG